UUCAUUAUUGUAUUAGUUAUUUUAUGUAAACAUAAUAGAGGAUUAUAACAUAUUUUUGAGAUAUAAUAACUGUAUUUGAAAUUAAAAUAUACCUAAUCAAUUUAUUCUAAUUAGAUUAAUACAUAUUUGUUCAACAUGGCAACAGAUAAACCAGAUGAUGAGGGGGAUCCCGAAGCAUUGGAAGAAGCGGGAAUACUCGAAGCAGAUGUUGGAGCCAAUUUUGAUCAGCAACUUGCCGGUAUAGAUCCUAAAUUGAAGAUUAAUAUGGACCCACAGGCUCACCGCCAUCUCCGACCUGAAAUGAUGUUCAUUAGAGAGGAAUUACGCCAAGCGAAACAACAGACCUUGGCAGUACGUCGCACAGCGCUGAAGAAACUUCUUUUGAAGGACUCUAUGCAGGAGGACUGUGAGCUAAUUAACAUAGGCUUAAGUUAUGCGCCCCCAGAUCCUUAAACAUAAAAAACAAUGAUGUUUUCGUGCAAAUGACUUCGAGACAGGAGACAGCCCAGGAUCAAACCCUACUGCCAUGACAAUCGCACAUACAAUUAAAAGGCAUUUUCAUGCAAUCCUUCUAGAGUUUAUGACUAAUUAAAAAUAUUGCCU